AUGGCCGAAGCCCUCGGUAUCGCAUCCGGUGCCGCAGGCCUCCUAAGCCUUGCGAUAGAAGUGACCAAGCUCAGUUAUACCUACAUCGCUAGUGUCCGAGGCGCGCCUAAAUCAUUAACCUCCUACAUUGGGGAACUUGCAACGCUCACCUCGGUUCUUUUACAGCUCGAUGACGUUAUCCAGUCUAAAAAGAUCAACAACCAGAAUAGCCAGAUUCUCAACAAGGCUCUCAACGACUGCAAGCAAGAAGUGGAAACCCUGAGGACAAAGUUAGAGAGAAAAGUGUCUUAUGGAGGAAUUAAAGCUAGGGUGGCCGCUCUGGCUUGGCCCUUGUCAGAAUCGGAGUUGCUGGAUAAAGUAAAUAUGCUGCAUCGCUACAACGGCAUUUUUUCAUCUGCCUUACAAGCCGAUACUUUUGCGCUCGUUCUCCGAGACAUCAAGUCUGGUGAUUUGCCUGGUACAGCCAUCGCCUCGCACUUUUUCAGCAGUAACAGAUCCACCGAGUCUGUGAGUAAUGUCCUCCGUAACCUUAUCGCCCAAGCACUCCGUGGCUGUCCUGUCAUACCUCAAGAGGCAUUGACCCUGUAUGAGAAGCGGUCCCAGAAUCUAACGAUGAAUGAUCUGAUCAAUGUUCUUGGAGCGGUUGCCAAAUCAAUGACCACUUGCAUCAUUCUUGACGGCCUUGACGAAUGUCCAUUUCUUCCCAAGCUGUUCAGCAUCUUGUCGAUAUUACAGGAACUAGGAGUCAGAAUCUUCGCAACAGGGCGCGAUUUGCCAAAGAUUAGAAAGCAUUUUGAGAAGAAGCCAAGCGUGGAAGUUUCUGCCACAAGUCAAGACUUGGAUCUCUACGUCAAUCAUCGAUUGAAGGAUGGAGAAGUUGACAUUGAGUUGAUCGGAACAGAAUUGAAAUCGCAUCUUAUCUCUUCGAUUGAGAAGAAGACGACCGGAUCGUUCCUCCUUGCGCGGCUCAUCAUGGAUCACAUCACUAGUCUGCUCACUGUUAAGGACAUACGAAAAGCCUUGAUCUCAUUACCUGCUAAUUACGAUGAGGCGUACCUAGACACAUUUGAUCGUAUAGUCAAACAGAGCCCUGCCCUGAGAGAGCUCGCCUUGCGAUCAUUAAAUUUUAUUUGUUAUGUCAAGGAGCCUUUACGAAUGGUUGAGCUGCAGCAUGGCCUCGCUAUCGAGGAAGGCAUGCUCGAAAUCGAUCCUGAAGAUCUCCAAGCUUCUAGAACCAUCACAUCAUCCUGCCUCGGACUACUUAUCGUUUCAGGAUCAGAAAAAACUGUCGAGUUCGUACAUUCGACUGCGCGAGAGUUCCUCCAGAGUCGACCAGAAGGGAUGGAUAAGCACCCCCAUCUGACAAUCGUUCGCAGUUGCAUCUCGUACAUGUCAACGAAUGAGAUGCGCCAGGGGCUCUGUAGGUCCCACGAGGAGAUGACUCAACGUUGUGAGAAGCAGCCGUUCCUACGUUAUGCAGCGAACUUCUAUGGCUACCAUGCUGAAGAAGUCAUGGAAGAUUGCUUCGACCAGCUUUCGGAGUUUUUGGACGACGAUGCCCUACGGGAAAGCUCUUGGCAACUUUUGAACUUCAAAGCUCAUCUCGAUACCUCUGUCUCCGAAUCUGUGUUCGACUCUAGUCCCAGAAAUGUACUUGCUCUACACGUUGCCGCAUUCUGGGGCUUUUAUAAGUAUGUUGCCAAUAGCGUAGACGACGCACAGCCUGGAGCUCAAAGCAGGAAGAUACAGAAUCUAAAUGAGCCUGACUCCCAUGAAUGGACACCUCUGCACUGGGCCGUAUCCAUGGGCCACAACAGCAUAGUCGAAAUUCUUCUCAGAUCUGGAGCCAGUCCUGAUCUCCCGGAUCUUGCAGGAUGGACGCCAACAUUCUGGGCAGCUUUUAAGGGACACGGGGAUAUCAUUGAAAUACUGUUGCGGUAUGACAUAGCUCCAUUUCGGUGCGACAAUAAAGGACUUACACCACUUCACUGGGCCAUAUCCACGGGUCAGACCGAAAUCGUCAAGCGGCUUUUGAAAGUCAAAACCCGUUUUGGACAGUAUGAAAAGUCAAGCGUGACCUCACUCCCCUCAUUGGAAGACUUGACGGUUUCAAGGGCCCGUGCCAUGACAAGCAAGGCAAACCAAAGUCCCUUCAAAUUCUAUUCAGAAGGCACAGACAUCGAAAUGUUUUCCGCCAUCUUCAACGCCCUUAAGCAGAGCUUUAUUGAGAAAGCAAACAAGCCUCGCGAAAGGAGCAGCGGCUACUAUACAGUUGAUCCGUUUCUUUAUGGACCCUUUGGACGAAGUCUCAAGGCUGAUCAUGGCAGAAGAGCAAGACCAGACCGCGACUACGAGUGGGGAAAGCCGGAUGCUGAUUUUCUUGAUUUUGUGGAUAACCUGAUGAUUCACGCUACGCGGUCACAGAACCUGUCUAUCAGCAAACUGGUAUUUGAUCUGAAGCUUGUGAAGGCUUCCGGGAUUGAUAGCCUUGCUCUUCUUCACGAAGCGGCAGCAUCAGGUUGGGUCGAGGGUAUGUCUGCCUUGAUCGACCUUGGGGCAGAUGUCAAUCAUGGGCGAGAAAGAGAUGGGAAAUCACCUCUUCACGUGGCAUGUCUAUGGCAACGCGAAGAAUCAGUCAAUCUGCUGUUGGGUAUUAACAAAAUUGACAUCAAUGCUCGAGACAGACGUCGACAAACACCAAUCAUGGAUCUCAUGACCGCUUCCUUUGAAGAGAAAGGACUGAGUCUUUGCAGGCUAUUGAUAGUCAGAGGAGCAUCAACAUCCAUCAAAGACUCGAAAGGUAACUCCCUCAUGCAUUUCGCUAUGCGGACAUGUAAUGCUACGAUGAUCCAAAUGUUGUGUACGGCCGGGUUAAGCAUAGAAUCUCCAAACAAAAGUGGCCAAUUACCGUUGCACUGGAUGACUGAAUGGAGAUACUUCGAAUUCCGCAGAGAUUUUACGCCUGAUGAAGCCCAAUUCUUGAAGCAAAAACGACACGAUUGUAUGGAUCUUAUCUUGAAACUCUCCAGCCCCAGCUCCCUGGAUUCUGUCUGCGAUUGGAGCCACGGAGCAGCGCCGCCCAAGCAAACACCUUUGUUAUUAGCUUUAUCAAGUCACAAUUGGGAUCUUGCAGCCGAGCUAGUGAAACGAAUCAAGAAGCCCGGGAAUACGAGUUCCUUGCUGGAUGCCAAGACUGACUACAUACACGAACUUUGUAAGGUAUCGGAACGACUAGCCUCAGUCUCAACGCCCAAAAGCCUCGAUCGAGUUAUGAUGUAUUUUGAAUCCCAACCGCUUUCCCUGGAUGACUGGACUUGUCUACUUCAAUAUUUUCUUGACGCCGGAGCUGAUAUCAAUCGAGUUAAUUGGGAAGGGAAAACGCCUCUACAGCUUUGCGUCCAAAGGGCAGCCAGUGUACAAGUCAUUGAUACCCUGCUCAAAUUAGGAGCCAAUCCCUAUCAGGCAACGAAUGAUGGUUUGGAUUGCUUCCAGCUUGCAUUGCUGUAUCAUGACAAAGCAGGAAGUUGGGAGAUAAUGCUUUGUCUUCGAACUUACGCCAACACUCACCCAGAGCCAGCGCAUUACUUUUGCCAAGGAGGUUUCCUAAUUGCCCCUGAAACUCCGAUAGAAAACGAAGAAACUCGCUACCUUCAAGUCCUCCGCCAGACUAAUGCCAUUAACUAUGAGACACGGUCAGGUCGUACGCUUAUCUUCGAAGCCGCUAAUCGGGGUAACACACAUCUGGUAGAACGGCUACUGGACCAUGGUGCUUACCCGCAUUAUAUCGAUGACUUUGGCAGUUCCGCACUGCAUGCAGCUGCGAAGAAGCAAGCUCCGACCACGGUAGCCGCUCUACUUCAGGCUGGAUCAGAUGUCCAUCAAGUUUCUUUCAGUGAGUUCGGCUCGACAGUCAGAGGUACACCAUUACAUGUUUGUCUCGAAGCCUGCAGUCACGGUCGAGUGUCAAUCGAAACUGUCCGCAUCUUACUGAGCUAUGGUGCCGACCCAAAUUAUUCGGUGGCCAAGGACGAUUACACGGAGACGAGUCUCUCACUCCCUCUCAAGGCACUGCGCCAGUCAAUAGAGUACCCCGAUCUCGAAACAGUCGAUCCUGAAAAUUCAGAUCACCUGGCACUAGAGGUACUGAAACUACUGGUUGAUGCGGGAGCACGAGUCGCUGAUAGCGUUGAUGAUAUCACGACCGGUGUUGUUGCGAAAAUGGAGGGUUAUGAAUCGCUAUGGGAGGAAAUUAGAUCGCAAUUAAUGCCUAACCAGGUCAUAGACCCUUAG